GGGCGGAAUACCAUAGAACAAGAUCAUCUGCGUCAAAGUUUGCACUUGAUGCCCGUGACUGUCUGUACCAAUUCGGCUAUGUCAUUGCAUGCUCGUGACUGUCUGUACCAAUUCGGCUAUGUCAUUGACGAGGACAUUGAAAAGAGUGCAGGUUGUGACAGCUUCCUGUGGAAGAGUGCAGCUUGUGACAGCUCCCUGUGA